UCUCCCUCCCCGCUCUACUGCUCAGGUGGAGCCUCCCAGAGGGCAUCUUUGCCAGGGAACAAGAGAGCCGACCUCCUCUUUUAUCAGCUCCCAGCCCAGGCCCAGCCCACGAAGGCUUAGCACACACCCGCCAGGAGGGAGAGGAGAGGAAGAGGAGGAACAGAAGAGACCUCCCAGGGGCAGACUCCCAGGAGUCUGAAGCCACCCGCCAAGGUCCCUGCAGGGAUUCCCUUGCCGGGCAGGGGCAGCGGUGGCACAGGCUCCCCAGCUUCAGUGGCCGGCCCCCGUGUAAUUUGACACUUGGAUCUCCAGGACGACCAACAACAAAAAAGCUGAGGCCAAGACGGCAGCUGGCUGUCAGCAGCCAGGAGCUCCACACGCUCUGAGGAAGGCGCCCAGAAGCGGGUCAGGAAAGAGGCAUCUGAGAAGGAAGGAAGAGGUGGUGCCCUGGCCGAGGAGAGGCACGGGAGGCUGCUGGGCUCCCCAGCAUCCGCGCUUGUCCCCCAGCCCAACACCUGAGUUCCUAGGUGGGUGGCGACUCCCGGCCCUGUCUCUGCCUGACACGCCCAGCAGGAGCCUGGCAGGAGUCUGAUGCACCAUGGCAGCUGCCAACUUUGUGCAGGAGAUGCGCUCCAUGGGUGAGAAGCUGCUGCUCAAGCUACAGAAACUACCCCAGGCAGAGCCUGUGGAGAUCGUGGCCUUCUCCGUCAUCCUCCUUUUCACAGCCACUGUGCUGCUGUUGCUGUUGAUAGCUUGCAGCUGUUGCUGCUGCCCUGAGCGCAGAGGCAGGAAGGUCCAAGUGCGGCCCAUGACCCCACCGUGAAGGACAGAGAGGAGGAGACAUUGGAAAGGAGGCUGCCAAAGCCAUGACCCCAGGUGGCACCUGGCCUUGUGGCCCUCAGCUCACAAGACUGCGAUCCGUGGCCCCAGCUCUGGCCCUGCCUAGGAACCUGACACCUGCAGCCCUUACCAAGGAAACAAGGGCUGGUACAGCCACCAAACUCUGACCUGCCGGUGAAUCCUGGGUGCCAAGGAGGAGUUAACGGUUUAAAACACUGAGCAAACAAAAACUAGGGAUUUUCCCCAACCUGUACCUUUCAACAAAACACAGAAGCAGAGUCCCCGUACUUGGAUGGAGAACAGCCUGCGCCUGUGGGGAGCUGGCCCGUGGGGCUCCCGUGCCAAAGAAGAGCUUUGUGCAAUAGCUACUGGAGCCUAAGCUUCCCCCGGGAGGGGAGCAUGUCAGUAUUCUACUCCAGUAUUUUCCCAUUUCUUUCCCAGUAAAAGCUUUCCUGUUACGUGUUUCUGUGGCACCAGA